AAUUUCAAUUAAUUCUAAACAAUAUUAGGCAUCCCCUAUCAGUAUUCAGCAUCCUUUUCGCAAAUUGUUGAAGAAAAUUGUACGGACUAAGUUUCGUGCAUUUCUUACUGUGUAUCGUAAACAGUUUCAUUUAAAAACAAAAACACAAGUUUGUAUUUAAAUUAAACAAAUAAUAUUCCACAAUAACAAUCGAUCUUCAACUAUGUGAAUAGUGUUUUAGCAAGAAAAUUUUAAGUACCUUGCUUCAACCAUGGAGGUGUCACAUUCCCUGACUCUGAAUGAAACUGCAUUGCAGCAGUUACCGGAUGACAAGAAGCCGCAUUUCAUAUUUGAAUGGCUGCGGUUUCUGGACAAGGUUCUGGUUGCUGCACAUAAGUCCGACAUAAAAAACUGUCAGCAAAAACUGGUGGCACAGCUGGUCAACCUUUUUAGAGAGAAUCUUGGUGCCCCAGCCCGACGGGUGCUAGCUAGAUGCCUAGCUACACUAUUUUCGGUGGGAGAUACAUUUCUUCUAUUUGACACUGUUAAUAAGUGUAAUGAUAUCAUAAAAGUUAAGGAUGAUUCUCCAUCGUACUUGCCGACAAGACUUGCUGCUAUAUGUUGUUUGGGGAGUAUGUAUGAGAAGCUGGGUAGAAUGAUGGGUCGGUCAUAUGAGGAAACAGUGUCAACCCUGGUACGGUCCCUGAAGAGUGCUGAAUCUCAAACAAGACUGGAGAUUAUGAUUACAUUAGAAAAGAUAUGCGUGGGCAUGGGUACAGCGGCGGGCAACGUUCUGCGCGAGGUGUCCCGCGCGGCGCGGGCGGCGCUGCUCAACGAGCGCUCGCCGCCCGUGCGCGCGGCCGCGGCCCACGCGCUGCGCAGCAUGCUGCCGCUGCAGAAGCUGACGCCGGCCGACGUGGACGCGAUAGCCGCCGCGUGCUUGCGAGCCGCGCAUCCUAGCGACUACCAGCUUAGAUGUGCUGUGGCAGAACUGCUUGGAGCUCUUAUAGCCAUGACUCAAGCAGGCGAGGCCACAAAUCUCAACAAUAAGAGUAAAUUGGGAAUGCAAUCAGUACAACAAAACAAGAAAGAUCCACCUAAAAAUGUAGUAUCGUUGGACGAAGCGUUAAAUUUGUUGAUGGGUGCAUUUCUUCGUGGCGGCACUUCCUUUUUAAAAGGAGAAAUAAUUAAAUCUGGUUCUGGAGUCAAUAGAGAAGUGAGAGUCUGCGUGACUCAUGCCUAUGUGAUAUUUGUACAAAAUAUGGGCGGAGUGUGGCUGGAACGUAACAUGACUACGUUUCUAGCACAUGUCCUGGAUUUAGUGGCUAAUCCGAAAGCCGCAAGCUCCCAUGUUGAUGCGGUUUAUUCAAGAAAAUGCAUAAAUUACAUAUUACGAAACACACUUGGAAAGAUGCUUGGAGAGAAAGCGCAGGCGUCUGCUUGCCGCGAAAUUAUACAAAUUGUCGCUAAACAAAUGAACAGCAUUGAUUUCAACCCGGAGAAUGCUAAGGAUUGCAAUCAGGAGACAUUGUUCAGUCAGCAUUUGUUGGUAUGUGCGUUGACGGAGGCUGGAGAACUAUCACUACAACUGGGUACAUCAGUACAUAAUCUUGUGUCUGAUACAUCAUUGAAAAUGAUUGAUACUAUAUUUACGGUAUUAGAACAUCCGUGCGUAGCCGCACGACUAGCUGCGGCGGCGGCGGUGCGGUGCGUUUGCGAGGCUCUGCCCGCGCUCAUAACGCCGCUGCUGGACCGCGCCUGCGACGCGCUCGAUGUGCCGAGACCCACGCCGCACCAUAUAUCAGGUUAUUCAGCAGCCCUCGCAGCGAUCUUAGGGGCUGUUCGAUCAUCGCCACUUGGAGUACCUCACGGCAGAGGAAAAAUAGCUUUUAACGCGGCAGAACAAUUGUUACGGUCAGCCGGACAGAGUAGUCGCCUCACAGCAGCUAGGACUAACGCUGGAUGGCUUAUCGUAGGCGCUAUUUGCACUUUGGGUGUGCCAGUGGUGCGUGGUUUGUUGCCGCGUAUGUUGUUGUUAUGGAGAAAUAGUUUCCCGAGAUCGGCCAAAGAAUUGGAAUCCGAAAAAGCGAGAGGGGAUGCCUUUACUUGGCAGGUGACGCUGGAAGGUCGUGCGGGCGCGUUGUCAGCGCUGCACAGUUUGCUGAUACACUGCCCGUCGCUAGUGAACAACGACGACACGGCCAAGCGGCUGGCCCAGCCCAUCGAUGGUGCUGUCGCUGUUCUCACCAACGUGGGCGGCGUGGUGCGCAACUAUGGCGGCGCACUGAAGGCGCCAGCGGCGUUGCUGCGCCUGCGCCUGUACCAGGCGUGCGGCGCGCUGGCGGCCGGCGCGCCCGCGCCGCCGCUGCUGCGCCUGCUGGCCGCCGAGCUGGCGGGCUCGGCCGACGCGAGCGGCGCCACCGUCGCCACGGGAAUGCUGAGGCAUGCGAUGCAUCCCCGAGAUACAAUACUGCUGGGUGAAGAGAGUUGGAUUUAUGAUACAGACCAUGCGGACAUUGAAGAACAGCUAAUAUCACCACUAAGCGCGAGCGGGUCGUGCGCGCUCGAGCACGACCCGUGCUGCCUGUACCGCUCGCUGCGCGGCGCGCAGCCGCUGGGCGUGGCCGUCAUAGACGCGUCCGUCACGCUCUUCCCGCAGAUAUUCUCGAAGGCCGCUAAUAAACAUAGACAGCAAAUGCUAGAGCAUUUUGCCGAGUGCAUUAAGAUGUCGAAGGGAACUCGUCAAGAGGCUAUUCAAAUAAAUGUGUACACAGCGUUGUUGUUGGCCUUGCGUACACUCGCAGAAAUGAAAACUUCUCUGGGUCAAGAUGCUGUGAAAACCACCUGUACUGAGCUUAUUAUUGCGGGUCUAUCGGCAAACAGCGCCACAGUCCGAGCCGCAGCCGCUUCAUGCGUGGGCCGACUCUGCGGCUGCGUCACCGAAGCCGAGAGCCAAGCGCUCAGCGAGCGCGUUAUAGCGCUGGCGAGAAGCAGCGCCAACCGUCCAGCGCGUGCAGCCGCUGCAGCCGCUGUAGGCGCGGUGCACAGGGCGCGGGGCGCCGCUUCAAGCGCUGCGGCGCUGCCGGUGCUGAGGGCUUUGGCGCAGGAUACAUCUGCGGUCGAUGUACAAGUGUGGGCGAUCCACGGGCUGUCGGUGGUGGUGGACGCGUCGGGGCCGAUGUUCCGCGGGCACGCGGAGUGGGCGGUGGGCGCGGCGCUGCGGCUCGCGUUCGGCGCGGCGCCCGCCGGCGCGCCGCUGCACCGCGCGCUCGCCCGCCUGCUCGCCGCGCUCAUCACCGCGCUCGGCCCCGACCUGCAAACGUGCAGCGGCGCAGUGGGGCGGUUCGUGUGCGCGUGCGCCGCGCUGCAGGAGAGCGGCGCGGGCACGGGCGGCGCGCGCGCCGAGGCGGCCGGCUGCAUGCAGCAGCUGCAGAUGUUCGCGCCGCAGCACAUCACCGCGCACGCGCUCGUGCCCGCGCUCUGUCGUGACUUAUCAUCCCCGGAGCUGUCAGUUCGUCGGGCGGCAUUGUGCUGCCUCAGACAGCUGUCGCAGCGGGAAGCAGCUGAAGUCUGCAAAUAUGCUAUGUUGGCGAAGGACCAUGUGCCAGUUAAACCAUAUUGUGGUGUAGUAAUAACAGAGACAGGCCUUCCCGGGGCGCUGUUCGCGUACUUGGACACAGAGAGGGACGAGAGUGCGAUAUCAUAUGCCCGGGACACACUCACCUGCUGCUUGCUCGCCGCUGCUGCCAACGGCACCGUGAAGGAUUGGCUCGCGUUGGCUAAACGAGUGCUCACCGUUAAACUUGAGGAUAGCAACAACCCGGACACUGACGACCUUGAAGGCGAUGACGACCAGGCUGAGUUCCACGCGGAGUCUGAGCAGUCUACCCAUCCCGCUGUUCAGCCGAGGUGGCCUACACGGGUGUUUGCAAUGGAGUGUAUUCAGAAAAUAAUGUCGGCUUGCGAAGCUACCGGUGAAGCAGCGCACUUCGAUCUUGUUAAAGCGAAGGAGAAGUUACAGAAAGAUCCUUCAGGCGAUUACCUCUCUCUGCAUCUAUCAGACUUGGUUCGUAUGGCGUUCGUCGGCGCGACUGGCGAGUCGGACGCACUAAGGCUAUGUGGGCUAAAAACUCUCCAGAUGAUCAUACAGCAAUACGCGAGGGCUCCUGAACCUGACUUCCCGGGACAUUUGCUGAUGGAGCAGUAUCAGGCUCAGGUGGGCGCAGCGGUACGGCCAGCGUUUGCAGGUGAUACAGCAUCCCAUGUUACAGCUGCCGCUUGUGACGUAUGUUCCGCUUGGAUUGGUUGCGGUGUUGCCAGGGAUAUAAAUGAUUUGCGCAGAGUCCAUCAGCUGCUAGUUUCCAGUUUGGAUAAAUUGAAUAAGAAAGGAAAUACGACUCUAAUAUACAAUGAGAGUAUGGCGACAUUGGAAAAGCUGUCUAUUCUGAAAGCGUGGGCUGAAGUGUACAUAGUAGCAAUGGUGAGCAACGACAGCGCACCAGGUAGCUACGUCAAGCAUCUAGACACCAAACAGGUCAACAACAAAGUGGAAAUAGCUAAAUGGCGGAACCAAGUGAUGCAGAACAACAAUGAAUUGGAUAAUUCGGUCAUCGAUCAGGAGGAUGAUGAGUAUGGCGAGUUCGAAUCCAAGGGCGAGAGCCUGCUGAAGCUGGUCGAGCCGGAGUUGGAGAGUCUGAGCGAGAAUUGGCUCGCUGCGUUGAGGGAUCAUGCGCUACUGAGCUUGCCGCCUGAGUUCGCGUCGCAGCUGCCGCACGGCGGCGGCGCGUUCUACGCGGCGGAGACGGCGGAGGCGUCGCGCGCGCACUACGCCACCGCGUGGCCCUCGCUGCUGUACGCCGCCGCGCUGCGCUACAACGCGCACUACGCCGCCGCGCGCGCGCACCCGCACCCACCCCCGCCACCGCCACCGCACCCGCACGCAGAAAAUUCUGAUAACAGUGUUGAUAACAAAACGACAAAAUCGGAGAAUGGAAACUUUGAAUUCUAUGAACCAGUUGACGAAAGAUUCCACCUUCUUUUUGGUAUUUGCAUGGAAGCGCUAUGUGCACAACGCGACAUGAGCGUGGACAAUACAAUAUCCGUGCUGUUGUCUCUAGUUACCUUACUAGAUGCGCCCGAAAAUAGAGCUCGUCUUCUUAAAGACAGGGCGUUAGCGAUAGAAUUAUGUCAGAUAAUACAUCGCACCGGUUUAACACAAGAGAGCAUUGAAGCUUUGCUGUUGGCUGCUGAUGUUUUGCAACUGGUCAUAGUUGGCGCUAGAGAGCAGUUACAUGAGCAAAUGCAGCAGAAAAUUAAAGAACUAGCUCCAAACGAGCCGGAGGGGUCGAUCCCGCAAUCCGUGCUGGAAGCCGUGCACACGCUCGGCGAGGGGGGCCCCACCGGAGACCUGCCCCCCGGCAAGUCGCUCGUGUUCGCCUGCCUCGAGGUGUGCCUGUGCCUGCUGGUGCGCCGCCUGCCCACCCUCAGCCCGCUGAAGCAGGAGGGCCGGGUGGGGGUCAUCGGGGUCAGGAGGGGGCUCGGGGUCCACGGGGACACUCUGCUCGUCAAGAGCAUGAUGUCCAUGUCGGAGCUCGCCUCGCUCACUAGUCCGCAGGGCGCCCUGUCCGUGCUACCGAGCGUGCUGUACAUAGCGACGGAGGUGCUGCGUGUCGGCGGCGGCGACGGCACGCCGAGCGACGCGGCCGUGCUCGUGCUGCAGCGCGCGGCCGAGUGCCGCAGCGCGCGGCUCACGGACGAUGCGCGCGCGCAGCACGACCGCCUGCUGCACUCUACGCUGGCCAAACUCGUGGAGAGGGUUAAGACUGACGACAGCGAGCAGCGCAUAGAGAGCGUGUGCGGCGCGCGCGCCAUGUCGGCGCUGCUGGCGCGCGCGCCGCCGCUGCCGCUGCUGCACUACCCCUGCAUCAACCACCUGCGCCACUGCCUCGACACCAGAGACAACGAGAUGUUCGCGUCGUGCUGCGGCGUGGUGCGCGCGGUGUGGGGCGGCGGCGCGGCGGCGGCCGUGGCGUGGUGGGCGCGCGCGCUGGCGGCGCGGCUGGCGGCGCGCGCGGCCGCCGCGGCGCACGCGCCCGACGCGCCGCUCGCGCGCGCCGCCACCGCCGCGCUCGCCGCGCUCUCCGACCUGCUGCGGGCGGCGCCCGACGACGCGCAUGAUCCUCAUAAAGGCGUCCAACUGCUAUGGAUUCUCGUGCCCAUCGUGAUAUCGUACCUGCGCGAAGGCAGCGCGCUCACGAGCGCGGCGCCGCACGUCCGCUCGCUGCACGAGUUCGCACUCAACUGGCUUAUGAAGAUCGGCCCGCAAUACCCGCAGGAAUUCAAAACGAUAAUGCAACAAUCCUCCGAGCUUCGUACUAAAUUAGAAAAUGCAGUGAAAGCGGGGCAAAGUGUUCGCGGGCAAACCGGCGCCCAGACGCGGGCCGUGUUCGAGUCCAGACCCAACAAACCCGCCAUACAACUGAAAACUGACUUCAGUGACUUCAGAUAAAUGUAUAACUAAGAGAAAGGAGAUAAAACUUUUAACUAAACUUGAAAGAGUUUAUUAAUCACGUCAUGUUUUUUAACAUCUACUUGGCGAUACUUUUCCAUGGUAAUUUCGUUAGGUAAUUAAUGGUCAAUCUCUUAGUAAAUAGAUAUAUUUUUAUUAGAAUAAUCUUAAAUUGUCAUAACUAUGAGGUCUAAAAGUAUUGUAAUGAAUUCUUUAUAAAAUUAUAUACUCAAAAUAAAUGUGAAUUAAAAUUAAGUACAUGUGGUGUCUAAUGUAAAUCAAAAACAAUUAGAUAUCGUUAGCAUGUGUACUUGAAAAGUAGAAAGUUAAAUAAGUUUUAGAAGUGGGAAUGAUGUGAUAUUUUCUUUGGUUUUAUGUCAGUAGGACACAUUUGCGAUUUGAAUUAAACUAUAUUAAUUACUAUGUUAUGUCAUAUUUACGUUUAAAGUGUAUCUGCAUAAGUUAUGUUCUCGAUAAAUUAUUUUAUAAUUAUGCACGUUUAAUUUCACAUUGUUGCUUGGAUUUAAAAAUAUAACAUAUUUUUAGUUGCUUAUAUUAUAAUUGUAUUUUAUCACUUAUUAUCUGCACUAAUGUUUAAUUUGAUAAUUAUGUUAUUUUUCAAGUUUGAUUCUUCGUAAUGUCACAUUAUUUGUAUUAAUUCCCUUAUAUUUAAAAGUCUCAAAUAUGACAAAUUGUAAUUUUGUUAAAUAGACAAAAUCGCGAAUAUAUUCAUAUAAAAUAUACGGCGUAAACAAGUCAUUUUAAAAAUAGGACUUCUCAAUCGGACAUUUUUUUAAUUUGCCAUUUAACUUAAUAAUAAUUGACACAUGUAAGGUUCCUAUAAAAAUAAUUGACAAUAUUAAAUUAGUAAAGACUUAAUAGUGUGUCGGUGAAUGCAAUAAGCGACUGAUGUCCCACAAAACUUUUCGUUCGAAAAAUGUAUAAUAGUGAAUUAUUAGUUAGAUUAUUAUAACAAUGAAAUAGCUGUGUUGUUCCGAAAAGUCGAUGUAUAGACGAUAGGUGUAAGUUACAAUAAAUAUUUUAUUUCUUAGAUAAUAUAACGUUAUGAUUAUAUUUAUAGAACUAUAUAAUUAGGCAUAUUGUAGUACUCACUACUGGAACUAAUAAAAAUGUGACUUGUCAGUUAUUCCAGUAACACCAGUAAGAGAAAAUAAUUAAUAUUUAAAAGCCUGGGGCUAAAAGUGCCAAGCAAAAUUUUUUGAAUUAUACGUAAUAUUACAGAUAAUAACUGAUUGUAAUCUGCAGUUUUACAUAAUCAUAGUUUAACUUUUGUCAAAUUUACAAUAAGUAGUUUUCUUAUACGCACCAGGCUGUAAAAUUUACAUAGAUUAAAACAAUUAUAGACAGUUAUAUAAACGUCAAUGAUAUAGUCUGUGGUAGUAAAAACUAAGUAUAUCGAAUAUAUAAUAGAAAAAUAUUUAUAAAUGAUGUAAUAGAGAGCUUGGCUCUAAAAUAAAUUGUAUUGUAGAAUUUAUAUUAAUAAAUUUUUAGGACACUAAAACAAAAUACAAAUGUGUUUAUCCUUAUUUUAUGCUGUUUAUUUUAAAUUUGUAUCUGGAAUGCCGAAUCAUAUUCCUAUAAAGCACUGCCUUUGUCUUUAAAUGAGGCUUGAUUCCGUAACACUAGUUUUUAAUGUACUAUUAACAUAUACUAUUAUCUUUAGAUAAGGAUAUUAAUCUAAAUAAAUGUAUGAAGAAUAA